AUGGGUGUGAAGGUGUUUGCCGAUGAUGGUGAUGGAAGGCUAACCCCAGUCAAUGAAAUGGAGACCAAAUUGUUGGAAAAUGAAUGGAAGUAUCCAAAAAGAAAAAAGUUAAAACUUAACAAUCAAAAGGAAAAUAAUAAUAACAAUAAUGAGAAGGGAAGAAGAUGGGAAGAUGCGGUUGUAGCGUUAGAGGUCCAACCGAGUGAAAGCUUUGCUUUACUUUAUUUAGCAGAAGCCACGGCCACGCCUGCAGAAGCAUUGGGCAGGAAUAUGGAUAUGCCAUUUCUGAAACUGCUAUCCUAUUUUCUGCUUCUUUCCUCCUUUGAUCUGGCUUCUUCUGAAGUCCACAUCGCUGCUUGCUUUGACCACAACUGCACAAUUAAUAAAAACUUCACUUCCAAUAGCCCCUACCAGUUCAACCUUAACACUCUCUUCGGUAUCUUGUAUGAAAAGGCCGCCGGCGGUGAUACUCCCGAAUUCUUCAACACCAGCUCUGCCAACGUAUAUGGAGAGUUCAUGUGCCGAGGUGACGUCCCCAUUCAGGUCUGUCGAGAUUGCGUUCAGGACGCCAUAAAUCGAAUGGCCUCAGAGUGUCCCUACAACAAAGAGGCAGUCAUCUGGUACGACCAGUGCUCCCUCCGCUAUUCCGACCGUUCUUUCUUCUCCACCCUCGAUCAACUGCCGACAGUUAGCAGAGCGUUGUUAACCAGCUGUCUCCGUAAACCAAUGUCAACACAAUGCGGCGAGAUGCUACCCCCUCCAAACCCAGAUGCAUACGCAGAAUUAAAUAAGACGUUGAAUGAUGCGGUGAUGGAGGCGGCGACGCCAGGUGCCAAGAAAUUUGCGACAAAGGAAGCAAACUUUAGUGGGGGAUCGGUGUACACUCUUGUACAGUGCACGCCGAAUCUGUCCCGACAAUUCUGUAGCAAGUGUCUAUAUGGCAUCAUGAAUCUUCUUGUUUCAAAAGAAAAUGCUUUACACGGAGGAACAAUUCAGAAUCUGAUCUGCAAUUUGAGAUUCGGAGAAGACCGAUUUUAUUACAAGGGCGACCAGCCUCCCUCCACGGCAUCUGAAGUUGGAAGUGAAGGAGCUGUGUUAGAGUCAUUACAGUUCAAUUUGGCAACAAUUGAAGUUGCAACAGAUAAGUUCUCAAGUGAAAAUAGAAUAGGCAAAGGUGGAUUUGGAGAAGUCUUCAAGGGCAUUCUUCCCGAUGGCAGCAAAACUGCUGUAAAUAGAUUGUGA